AUGUGGACGUCCUCUUCUCUUCGAUCGACAGCUGCUCGGCUCCGGGUAUCUCGCCAUGUCACUUCAUCAUCAUCAUUAUGGCCAUCCUCCGUUGCAUCUCGUCACUACACAGUCCCCGUGGUCUUGGAGAGUGGCGCCAUGGGGGAACGCGCCUUUGAUAUAUUUUCUCGACUCCUUCGUGAACGGAUUAUCCUUGUGAAUGGCGCCGUCGACGAUCACAUGGCUUCUUUGGUGACGGCGCAAUUGCUCUUUUUGGAAGCCGAGUCGCCCAAUCAACCGCUCUACAUGUACAUUAACAGUCCAGGAGGUGUCGUGACGGCUGGAAUGGCCAUGUACGAUACGAUGCAAUACAUUCGACCGGAUGUUCAUACCAUUUGCAUGGGACAGGCGGCAUCGAUGGGAUCACUCCUCUUGGCGGGUGGUGCUCCCGGAUGUCGAUUUGCGCUACCCAAUGCCCGCAUCAUGUUGCAUCAACCGUCCGGGGGUGCGCAGGGAAUGGCCUCGGAUAUCGAAAUUCAAGCACAAGAAAUCCUGAGGACCCGGGCCAAUUUGAAUAAAUUGUACGUGCAUCAUACGGGACAACCCUUGGAGGAUAUCGAACGAGUGAUGGAUCGAGAUACCUUUAUGGAUGUGGAACAGGCCAUUGCGUUUGGAGUCAUUGACGGUACUUUGGAUAAGCGAGAGUCACAGGAAGAAGAGGAAAAGGAUCCAUCCGAGAACAGCAGUGGCAAGAGUGACAAGAAGAGUGAUGGCUAG